AUGCCGCAAGCAGCAGCAGCAGUAUCAGACAGUAAAACGCACAAGUUCAACCCAAACUUCACACAACAGGUCAUCGCCGCAACAGGGCCCAAUGCGAAUCCUCGCGUCAAACAGCUCACGUCGAGCUUGAUCCAGCACCUGCACGACUUUGCGCGCGAGAAUGAGCUCACAGUCGAUGAAUGGAUGAUGGGCGUCGAGCUGAUGAACGAGGCCGGCCGCAUGUCUGACGCCAAGCGCAACGAAGGGCAACUCCUCUGUGACGUGCUCGGCCUCGAAUCCCUCGUCGACGAAAUAACAUACAAGCUCGCUACAGACGCCACCGACGAGCCCACCGCAACCGCCAUCCUCGGACCCUUCUACCGGCACGACGCCCCAAAGAUGGAGAUGGGAAGCUGCAUCGUGUCAGGCGUUGAGGAGGAAGGGGACCGCACAUGGAUGCACGGUACUGUGACGGAUUUCAAGACCGGCAAGCCGAUCGAGGGCGCGGUUGUGGAUGUCUGGCACACGGCGCCAAACGGACUGUAUGAACAGCAGGAUCCAGACCAGCCGGAGAUGAAUCUGAGGGGAAGGUUCACGACGGGGGCUGACGGCAAAUACGACUUUUACUGCCUCCGGCCUGUGCCUUAUCCCAUUCCCUUUGACGGGCCGGCAGGCAAGGUGCUGAAGGCAUUGGAUAGACACCCGUACAGGCCGGCGCAUAUCCACUUCCUCCUCACAGCGCCAGGACACAAGCCGAUCGUCACCCAGAUCUUUGACAGGAGCAGCAAGUACAUUGAAGACGAUGCUGUAUUUGCUGUCAAGGACUCGCUUCUCGUUGACUUCAAGCCGUUCAAGGGCGAUGCCAACGCAGAGUUUGAGUUGCCGUACGACUUCAAAAUGGCGACUUUCGAGGAUGCAAAGGAGGGCAAGCUCAAUGGCUCGACAGAGGAGAGCGCCGCAGUCUAG